UUGUUUUCCAUUAUUAUGAUUUAAACUUUUAUUCGAUAAAACUAAAGAAAAAUGGGAAGAAAUCAUAAACAAAACAUUUGAUUUCUUAUCAUAUUCGUAGUGAAUUACUUUGAAUCUUGUCAUUUUAGAUCAUUUUUUUUUCUUUUUUAGUUCAAAUUAGAAAGAACAAAAAUACAAUUUUCGAAUCGGAAAAAAUAAUAAAGCAGAAUGUGUGUGAAUGUGUGAGAAAGUGAGACAAAAAUCAAAUCUAGAUUUACUACAGAUAUUCUAAAUAGUUGACAAUUUUUACGCAAUACACAAAAAAACACACAUCAGAGGAGAGAGAGAGAGUGAGUGUGUUGGCUUACCAAGUAUUGGCGACAUAAUUACAUUCGUAACACUCCAGAUAAGCAGCACAGGAACUCUCAACGAAACAAAUAGCCUGACAACAAUGAUACUGCAAUGAAUAAGAGAUAAUCAACGUGUGGUUGGCUUAAACGAUUUUCCGAGAACGUCAAACGAUCACAUCAACCAAAUCCCAUGGAACAAAAACCAAAUUAUGGAAAACAUUUGGCGAUUCUUGUGAUUCCGAACAAAAAAUAAGAGAAAAAGAAAAUAACCAAAAAUAAAACAAUAACCAACCCAACGGAAUCGUAGCAUUAUACAUUACAAAACGAUAUAGCUAGAGAGCGUAUAGUGCAAAAUUGCUCAUCAGUGUGCACGCGGCAGUUAGUCUAUUUUACAAUAUAGUUUAGGUAGAAAAAAUGCAUUUACACUUUGAAAAAAGUACGAAUGCAAAAUGUGAUUGCUCAAUAGUUUCGCUAUCGUGGAUGGGAAAAGUUCCUGACAAUGUACCGGAGGAGGAUGGUUGGAAGCUGACGAGAAGUAAUUACUAUCAGGAGGGAUGGUUGGCAACGGGAAAUAUUCGUGGUAUUGUUGGCGUUACAUUUACAACAUCCACGAGCAAAAAGAAUAUGGACUAUCCGUUGCGAACUAAUUACAAUUUACGAGGCCAUAGAUCAGAUGUAACAUUAGUGAAAUGGAAUGAACCAUACCAAAAGCUAGCAUCUUGUGAUAGCACUGGUAUCAUAUUCGUAUGGAUAAAAUACGAGGGUAGAUGGUCGAUUGAAUUGAUAAAUGAUCGAAAUACGCCUGUUACUCACUUUUCAUGGUCUCACGAUGGCCGUAUGGCACUCAUAUGCUAUCAAGAUGGAUUUGUAUUGGUUGGUUCUGUGGCUGGUCAACGGUAUUGGUCAUCUAUGUUGAACCUGGAUUCGAUAAUAACGUGCGGCAUUUGGACGCCCGACGAUCAGCAAGUGUAUUUUGGCACGGCGCAUGGUCAAAUUAUCGUAAUGGAUGUACACGGUGCCAUGGUAUCACAAGUUCAAUUGUAUGCUGAUAUGAAAAUAACAUCGAUGGCAUGGUCUUGUGAAAAAUUCAAAAUGGAAGAAGGUGAAGAUGAUCCCGGUGUCACCAAUGCAGGCAAACGAAAUUUUGUGCUAGCGGUUAGUUUUGAAAAUGGAUUCAUUUAUUUGCUCAAAUCAUACGAUGAUGUAUCACCUGUUCACAUAAACACUGAGAUGAAUGGAUCAAUUGGUUUCGUAAUGGAAUGGAGUAAUGCACAAGAAUUAUUGGCCGUUGCCGGCACACUUAGCCAGUCUGUACAGCCAUUAGAUUCACAAGGAGCCCUUGUUUUCCAUAAUGUUGUUAAAUUUUAUACUGAAACCGGAUAUCAUUUGUAUACGGCACGUAUUCCAAGUACAAGCAGUCCAGUAUCGGCGCUCACAUGGGGACACAGUGAUAAACGACUAUUCAUUGCAACGGGUAACCAAGUGCAUAUUGCUUGGGUGAGCCGAAAAGUGGCAACAUUACAACUAUUAUGCCGAUUACAAGUACAAAAUUGUAUUGGAUCCGAAUUAAUGGUACCGAAAUUACCGCUGCCAUCGAGAAUAAAAUCUCUCAUCACAAAUAUGUACUCACAAACAAUACGGUGUUGUGUACCAAAUAUGAAGUCAUUAAGAGAAUUUGUAUCGCGCCCACCAUCGUGUUCAACUCGGCUACAUUGCACCAUGAUUCGUCACGACGAAGAAAACAAUGUUGGAUCGGGCGUAUGUUAUACACUGUAUUUAGAGUACUUGGGUGGAUUGGUGCCGUUGUUGAAAGGCAAAAAGACAUCAAAAAUUCGUCCCGAAUUCGUAAUUUUCGAUCCACAAGUAUCAACAAAUAACGUUUUCCAUCAAUACUCCGAAAAUGGAUUUGAAGCAAAAAGUUCUUCGGAUUCGAGUGGCUCAACUAUAAACUGUGAUCAUAGCGAUUCUUCCGAUAGUGAAAUUGAAAACCGAGACCGAAAUUCACCGCGGUUGCGUCGCAAAUCACCAUUCCAAUCGAAACAAUCAAAUCCAAAUAAUGAACGAACCGCAACCACAAACGCAAAUGCCACAAAUGACACAAACGAUCCAAAUGAUGAUUUAGCGUAUGUAGAUACAUUGCCAGAAGAAGUGAAAUUGGUGGAAGUGACAUCAAAUUUAUGGGGUACAAAAUUCAAAAUUCAUGGUUUGGCCAAAACUGUACCAGCCAAUCUCGGUCAAGUCACGUACAAAACAUCAUUUUUACAUUUACAACCGCGUCAAAUGACACUGGUUAUAACCGAAUUGCGCGACGAUUUCCCAUCACAUUACAAAAAUGAUGAAAUGGAGUCGGAUCAAAAUUUCAAUCCAAAUGUUUUCUCAGAAGAUGAAGAUGAGCAAUCGGCUAUGAAUCAAAAACGUUUGAAUGCAAACGAUACAGCACCGAUGAUAGCUCCAAUGUCACCGCGACCAAAUCGUUUUCCAUCCCGUUCGAAAAAUGGUAAUUUAACGAAAAUGGAAAAGAAAAACUUACUCGGUCCACUCGCAAAGGCUGAAAUGUACGAAGAGGAUGGCAUUACAAAUGAACAAAAUGUAGAAAAUCAACAAUUACAGUCCAAACCAAUUCGUCCAAAGCAUAUAGAAACAUCAAUUACAUCGAGCUGCCGACCAGGUCCUAGUUAUAGUAGUUUUGUAGCUCAGUAUAGUCGAUCAUCGUCAAAUGGUAGCGGGCAAUCACGACAUGCCAUUUCACCAUUGUGUUGUGAAGGUUCGGUGCCAACAUUGCAAUCGCCGAAAAAUGCGGUUGGGCCAAGUGAUACAAUUUUCGAGCGCCCACCAGCCCUUCAAACUACAGCUAUUAUUAAUUAUCCAAAUAAUAAUGACUACACAACCAGCAUUGUUCACACAAAAAACAGCAUUCCGAAUGACAUUCAAUCGAAAUCGAACGCACAAAAUUCACAUUUAUCCAAUAAUGGGUGUGCUCCGAUAACUAGAGAUAAUGGAAGAUAUGGUCGCACAAUAUCAUCAUCAUCAAAUUCGUCUUCGUCGUCGUCAUCAACAGCAGCAGCAGAUCGAUUGCAAUCAAAGAAAAAAGAGUUACAGUACAUUGACGAUGAAUUACCGCCGAUACCACUGUGCACACCACCACUGCCACCAUCAGCAGCAUCAACAUCAGCAACAGCAUCAUCGUCGUCAGCAAACGAAACGAAUAUGCACCGAACAACAACGGUGGUUUCCAUUUCGCCGGCAUGCAUAAAUAUGUCGAUGACGCGCAGUUGCAGUGUUGGUUAUCUCGAUUCGGUUGAUACACCAUCCGAUGAAGCAUUGUCAAUUCUUCGAAAAGAAACACCCAACAAACGGCUUGUGCUCGUUGAUCGAAAACCAAAUAAGAAAACCAAACAAACGGAAAAUCAAACGAAAAAAAUGAAAUUGAUUAAGUGUGGCAAAUCAAAAAGCUUAGAUUCAUGCGAUCUUAAAGAGAUUCCAAUGAAAGCAAAUGUAAAUGAUGGUGCAAAUGUAAUGCCAAAACUAUGCGAAGGUCAUGAAUCGGAAACCGAUUCACCAAUUCAUGUGAAAAAAGUUCCACCAAAAUUAAUCGAAACUUCAAUUAUUGGCUCAUUAUCCAAUGCCACUGAGCAGCUGUGUCUAAACUGUAACAAUGCUGCAAAAUUGAUGCAGUGUGAACAAUGUCGAAAAACGUCCACAAACGUAAUCGUUGAUCAAAUUAAGACUGUUUCGAAUUCAUCAAGUAGCAAGUCAUCAAUCUCCUCAUUCACCGAAAACACACCAAAAACACCAUCCAAAUUGGAUCACAUGCUCACCGAUGCGAUUAAAGCGGGUAGCAGCAGUAACGGAAACAACAACCAAACUGGCGGCACUAGUAGCAGCAGCAGCAGCAGCAGCAGUAGCACCCGAAAUAAAAUCGAACGCAAACCAAAACCACAAAAGAAAAAUACGGAAGUUAUAACGAGUUACACGGAUAGCCCAUUAUUUUCAAAGAAACAUCGAUUUGGCGAAGAGGCCAGCAAUUCACGCUAUUCUAGUUCAGACACCCGAUCAUCGCCAUUGUUAUGUCGUAAAUUUGAAAGUGGUAUCAGCUUAUUGAAGCAAUUUUCCGAAGCACGGAAGCGUAAAAAAGAAGAAAAUCUGCAAUUGAUUAAGGCCGAUUCACAAAGUGAUUUGCAACAAAGUUCGUCAAAUGAAACAAAAACAGCACCUGUGGCACUUCAUACACAAGCUUUAACCACAUUAGAAAAUAUUAUAAGUCGGUUACGUGACCUAGACGAUAAUCAUAGCCGAAUGAAUGCGCCAAAUUCACCACAGCACAGUCGAUAUCCUCGCAGUUCGCCCGCAUCACCGGCAAUGAGCAAAAAGAGUAAACGGAAUUCAAGCACAUCGCCCAUUCGUCAUCUACUCAAUUCGCCAUUAUUGAAUCGAAAGAAUCGCAAAAAACAACAUGCCGAAAGUUCGGACGAUGAAUCACAUAACAAUUCAAAUGAAGAUAGCCCGGGUAAAUAUAACAGCUACCGUGACUUGGAAACAUUUCAAAAAGCACAACUCCGUCAAAAGUUAAAACGCGGAAAAAUUGAACCGAAUGGAACGCCAACCGUGACACAACCGGCCCCAUUGCGUCGCGAAUUUGUAAUGCACAACAAGGCACCCAUGUGGAAUGAAAACAGUCAAGUGUACCAAUUAGACUUUGGGGGUCGUGUUACACAAGAAUCGGCAAAAAACUUUCAAAUCGAAUUUCGUGGCAAACAAGUCAUGCAAUUUGGAAGAAUCGAUGGAAAUGCUUAUACGCUUGAUUUUCAAUAUCCAUUCUCAGCAUUGCAAGCGUUCUCCGUUGCGUUGGCAAAUGUAACUCAACGUUUGAAAUAGAUUCAACCAUUUUACAUUACGUAUUUAUAUAUAUACACUGAACAAAUUAAAGAACUAGCUGACUAAUGCAAAAGACACACAGAUAGAAUGAAAAACAAGAGAAAAAUCAAUGGAAGAAUAUAUAUUUUUUAUACAAUCAACAGAACAGACUGUAUGUGCGUGUAUUUGUAGCACUUGUGAAUCGUUAUUUGUUUCAUUUUUAAAGAACACAAAAGAAAACUAUAUACACUAUAAAAUGUGACUGCUCGGCGUGCAUCAAUUCAAACUCUGUGUUCACAUUUGACACAGAAAUCGAAAAUGGAUAAGAAACUUUCUUUUCCCCGUUAAUUAAUCACAAUUUUUUUUUUGCAUUUCAACUAUAGAUUCUAUUACGAUAACAAAUUCUUUGAGGCGAGACGCAUUCUCUCGACAUCGAUAACAUAAAUCAUGUGUGUGUGUGUCAUGUCAUGACACAUUGACAUAAAAAGGGCCAUGCAAUUUGUAUGCAUAAAAUGUUUUAUUCGUUUUUUUUUGCUUAUGAGCUAUUCGAUUUGGUGUUGCGAAAUCAAGAGCAAGGAAUUGCGAAAUCAAAAUACAAAAAAAGUAUAUAUGUAUUUGUAAUGAUUCUUGGAAUUUAAUUUUAAAUUCAAUGUUAUGUAAGAGAUUCGAUAUUCAAUGUUUGCCGAACGCUCUUUGACAAAGAACAAACAAACCUUUAUCUUGAGCUUAUUUUCAGUGGAACGCCCACAUUAAAAGUGGUUCUACGACCUUCCUUUGAUUCAUUUUCUUUCAAGAAGCACGAUUUCUUCUUUAUGUCGUGCCUUUUAAACGCUUUUACUGUUUUGUUUGUAAAGUAAAUCGCAGAGAAGAAAAAAAAACGCAAAUGAGAAUAAUUUGCAGCUGAUUAUUAUGCAUUUAAAAUAUGAAAUUUAUAAAAUGUGUGUGCAAUGACGUCAAAAGUGAAAUCAAAGAUUUCAUAAUGUAUGCAUGAUGAUAUGCAUUAGAUUGAAAUGAGCCGUCGAAUAUGGAUGAUCAACGAAUAAGUUUCAUAUGCCGUUAAUUAAUCUGUAUUCUUUCAAUUCUCAAUUUCUCAUAAAUUUUGGAUUAUGUUUUUUAUUGGGUCGGAGACAUUUUUCACGAAAUUCUUCUAAAACCAAUAAUUUUUUGAUGACGAAAGAAGCAAAUAGAAGUCGUGCUUUAUUUCAUAUAAGCAUUUAACAAGUCAAGCGAAAUCGCAAAUGUGUUAUUUCACGAAAAAGAAGUUAGUCUUUCGAAGUACGUAUGUUUUUUUUUCUUCGCCUAUUUAUGCUUAUAUUUAUGUUUGUUUCAAAUUGACACAAAAAAAUGAAAACAUACCAUUUUGUGAGAAUAGGGACCGAGUUUAUAUAAAAUUGCUUCGAUUUUUCAUGGGAUUUUAUUCCAAAUAAAAAAAUGUCCAUUUUUAGUGUCUGUUAAUGAACCUAUUAAACUUUUUUAAAACAAAUAUUAUAGUGUGAUUAUAAAAACUUAACCAAAAAAAAAUUAAAUUAUUAUAAAAAAAAAUUGCUAAAAAAUAAUCUUCAUGCCAUGCAAUGAUUUUUGCAUUAAAAAUUCGAAAUUUUAAAAUUUCCGUAAAAUAUGUGCAUUAAAUGUUUGCUUUUUGUUUGCAUUAAAUUAAAACAAAACAAAAAACACACCGAAUCGAUUUAAUUAUUAAUGUUAAUGUUUUCAUUUUAUUUUGUAGUUGUUGUAUUAAGUGUUGAGCAUACUGCGUCUCAAAGCGAUUUAAAAUCAUUCGAUAAACUGAACAAAAAAAAAUCGUAACAAAAGAGUAUAUUUGUAUUGUGUAAUACAUAUACAAAACCUAGCGAAAUUUCAUUAAAAAAAUGCGUUUUGUUCAUAGGCUAAGUACAAAAACAUUGCUCAUUAAUUCAAUUAAUUUGAUACCAAAAGACAAAAAGAGAAAAUGAUGAAAACGUCGCAUUCUUAUUUACUGACUAAGGCGAAUAUGGUUUUUAAAUAUUUAUGUACGAUUGGCCAAUUGUUUAAUAAUAACUCUUUCAAUUCGAUGAUUCAGUUCACAAUAAUGUGGAAUAAUUAUAUUAAUUGAAUCUCUUGACUAGGAUUUUGCACAUGUAUGUUUUUUAUUUUCGCACCAAAUAGUUAGUCAUUAUCAUUUGUGAAAUAAAGAACAAAAUGAAUAUUCAAAGUAUAUACAAUACAAGAUAAUCAGAAUAAUUUUAACCAUCCAGGAGGAUUUAAAAAAAAAUCAUAUGUGUUUGUUCAAUUUAGCAGCAAAAAAAUGACUAAAAAAAUUUAAAGAAAAAAUCUCUCAUUUAAAAUUGGAUUGAAACAAUAAUUCACCUAUGGAAUUGAUAAAAUAUUAUUUUUUCUAACGUUUUUUUUUUAACCCGAAACUAUGCAAACGUUCCUUAAAACCAAUAGUAAAUCAAUCUGAUGAUAGUUUUACAUUGUUUGCUUAGAGCAAAAACUUGUGGUACACAACUCACUAAAUGACCACAAUCAUAUGACAGAGAGCCUGAAGUAAAUCUAGUUUUUUUUUAAUUGAACGCCGGAGUUAUGAACCACCAAAUUAAAGUAACAGAAACUGAUUUCAACACAUGACACUAUACGGGUAUAGUUUUUAAAAAUUAGACGGUCAUUCACUGAAUUAAAAAAAAAAAAA